CACACUUGUCCGCCAUACUAUUUUCAGGUUGGCUAACCUACCUGUGUCAUUUACUUCCAUCGUUGCUUCUAACAACCACUAUCUGAGCUUUUAGGUUACACGUCUCCUUCCAAGUGCCAAAUCUAAAAUGAAGGACAGUACUACAGUGGACAUUCAGAAGAUUUUUGAAGAAGCACCAGCAGCCAGGAAGGCUCUUCUUGACAACCACAGCAAUCUCUACAAGGUGGCCGACUACUGCGAGAACACCUACCUGAAUGUGGAAGACUCUAGAGGAACUUUGGAGGAGUCCAAAGCCCUCACUGCCCAGGCCCUUGCCAGCAUCGCCUACCAAAUCAACACACUGGCCACGAGUGUGUUAAGACUACUGGAUGCUCAGACCAUUCAGCUCAAACAGAUGGAAUCCUCAGUCAACAUCCUGACCAUGACAGUGGACAUAUACAAGGAGAAAGUAGCACGGCAGGAAAUUGGGGUGCUGACCGCAUCAAACAAAAUAACCUAUGCUCAGAAGAUGGCUCCUCCAUCAGCUGUCGAAGGACCCAUUGAGUAUGAGCGUAUCCCAAUAUCCUACUCCAGCCUGGACUCAUUAGGACACGGAUGCUGGGGUGGCCCCAAAACUGCAGGGCAGAAGCCUGAAGCAGAUACACCUACCCCACAGCCAAACCCCCAGGAAGGAGCGCACAUACAUGGGUCUAGCUCAGGCAUUGCUGUUCCUCCUCCAUCAGUCCCUAACUGGGUAGGCUUCAGAUCCACGGUUCCUCAGUCAUGUGCCACUCCUCAGCCUCCUUCCUCAGCCACAGCCAUCUCCUUCUUGCCCCAACCUCCAAGCUUCUCUUCAGAUGCUGCACCACCACCUGCUGAACCUGCCCUAAGCAGUGAUGUUGGAGCCCUUCCGCCACCACCAUCUCCUCCUCCUCUACGUAAUUCAGUAGUUGCUCCUCCACUACCAUCUCCUUUUCCAUCUAGCUCAGCGUUCAGAGACUCAUUUUUGCCACCACCCCCAACUCCGCAGUCUGAGUUCAUGGCUCCUUUCCCACCUCCUCCUCCUCCAUCUCCUUUUCAGAGCAAUUCCAUGAUUCCUCCUCCAUCGCCUCCUCCUCCACCUUCAGGCUGCACUUUUGGAGACUCGUCAUUCCUGCCUCCACCACCUCCGCCCCCACAAAUUGCCUCCAUGGCUCCCCCUCCUCCCUCUCCUCUUCCUAGUGCCUUAAGAGGUCAUGUUCCUCGACCUCCUCCUCCACCUCGCGCUAACACUGGUGUAGGAGGUCCAGCUUCACCCCCACCUCCUCCUACGCCUAGCUCAGCAUUUACAGGGUCAUCGUUGCCUCUACCACCACCACCACCACUUCCUCAGAACAGUUCUGUGAUUCCACAGCCACCUCCACCACCACCACCUCCCCAGAACACUUCUAAUAUUCCACCACCACCUCCUCCUCCACCACCUCCUUUUAACACUUCUACCAUUUCACCACCACCUCCUCCUCCACUACCACCACCUGGAAAAGGUCACAUUCCUCCUCCUCCUCCUCCUCCACCACCAUUUUGAAUGUCAAAAGUGGACUUUAAGAUAUCAGUAUGAAAAUUCCUGCUCUGUCCACAAACACGGUCUUUCUUAGAAACUGUUACCAGGUUUGACAAGCUUUGCUGAAUAUAUGAAUCAUAUGACUUUAAUGGCAUGUAAUUUUAUUGAUUAUUAGAGAAAAGGUCCUGAACUUUCUGACUCAAAUGAUUCAAAUGACUCAAAUGACUAGUAUGCAAAGUAGUUACGACACAUAAUAGCCUGUAUGUAAGUAGAGUGAAACUGGCUUUUUCUAAACCAAAAAAAAAGUAGGUCUAACUUAUUUGGUAAUCAUGUUUAAUACACAUCUGUGAUCAAAAUCUAAUAUAAAUCACUGUAAAUCUGUAUAUGAUUUAAAUUGCUAUAGAAAUGGCACACUUCUUCCACACCAGUCAGCCCUCCUUUCACUUUUUAUUGUCGUAACCACACAAACUAGUCAUAGCUCCUCAAGAUCUUUAGUGUGAUGGGAAUGACAGCACAAUUGGAAACGGCAGAACUACCUAGUACUAGAGUACAUUAUUAACAACACUACACUAAUACUGGGUAGUGCCUCCCUCACCAGUCUAAACAUAAUAAUUAUGGUUUUAAAAGUUUGCUUUUCGCUGAAAAUCUAGGCAGGGGACAGGAACUCUUCACCUAACUGAAGAGUCCCUUGAUUACUAGAUGCAUCAGGCUUUUAAAUAACAGUAUUCGAACACUGUAUUUGCUGAAAUAUAUUCUGUCCAUAUCCUAACAUGUAUGGUUGCCAUGAUUAUACUCUCUUUCAGCCAUUCCUAAUUGAAACAACAGAGGUUUUGUAAGUAGACUGUAGUCCUUUGGCAGCAUUUAAUUACAUGAUUAACUAAAUCUACCAAUCUGUAUCACAUUAUAAAUAAUAUUAUACUAAUAUUGGAGAAUAAUGUACCAUGAAGCAGUUGCUUUAUGUAUUAAAUAAUGUGUGGAAAUACGAA